AUGCGAAAAAAUUCGAAAAAAAAUCAACUGGACAGAGAGAAAAAUGAAAGAGAUGACGAAGAGAACAUAGGAACAACACUUGUUGUGGAUAGAACAUUACUAUCAAUUGCUGGAACUAAUGCACAGAACCGUCUUAGUCUCUUAUCAUUCAACAACUUCGCAGGUCCCAAUUCGUUGAACGAUAAUGCAGCCGCUGCAGGGGCAGCAGCUGCUGCUGCACGACCAGCUCCAGCACCUGCUCAAACAACAGCGGAUCCUCUUGGUCCAUUAUAUUCUGCACUUCUUUUGAGUUUGUUAGCGAGCAGAUUGACUGGUGGAGGCUCCCCAUAUCCUCAAUAUCAAUAUCCUUACUACAGUGGAUACGGAGGAUAUUAUCCAUAUACAUCGUAUUAUUACUCGUACUAUAGUCGCUCUCCAUACUACUACUAUUAUGGUUAA